AUGUCUCUGAAUCCAUCUGACGCAAGGGGCGUCAACUCGACCGCGGGUGAAGAAACUCAACAAUAUGUAACUUUACUACCGGCUCAGAAUCAAGUCGAUGAGCAGCACCAACAGCACGUUGUCUAUUCGGAGCAGACGCCGCUGCUUCGGUCGGGACUUGGUCAUGAGUCUGCUUCUGCUUCUUCAACAAUGCAUCACUAUUCAUCUCAGCCCUGGUGGAAGACGGCGCAGCAGGUAGCCUGCGAUGUCUGGCUGCAGGGCAAGGGCAUGAUGCUGGUCAUGUUCUCGCAAUUCUUUGGCGCGUCGAUGAAUGUCAUGACGCAGUUUUUGGAAAUCAAAGGUCGUGAUGGGAAGGGGUUUCAUCCGUUUCAGAUCCUGUUCGCCCGCAUGUCUAUCACGGUUCUCGCUAGUUACCUCUACAUGUGGUAUGCGCGUGUACCGCAUCCGUUCGGAACGCGCGAUACCUUCACUCUGCUGAUGCUGCGCGCCGGAGGUGGAUUCUUUGGCGUCUACGGGCUCUAUUACUCCGUGCAGUACCUGCCGCUCUCCGAGGCGACCGUGGUGACCUUUUUAGCGCCGAUCCUGAGCUGCUAUGCUUGCUCGCUUUUGAUCCCCAACGAGUUCUUCACGCGCAAGCAGCAGCUCGCCGGCCUGGUCUCGCUGGCGGGUGUCGUUCUCAUCGCUCGGCCGUUCCCGUUCAUGCGAUCGGGCGGCGACUCCGAGCCGGAGCAGGGCGAUAAGCCCGGUGCCACCGAUAGCUACCACCACGUGCUGGCCAUCGUGGUGGCUCUGUUCGGAGUGCUGGGUGCCUCGUGUGCGUACACCACGAUCCGGAUGAUCGGACAGCGCUGCCACCCGCUCGUCUCGGUGACUUACUUCUCCACGUUCACGACAGUCGUAGCUACGCUGGCGAUGCUGGUCGUGCCAUCGAUUCCGCUGGAGCUGCCGGGCACAGUGCUGGAAUGGACACUGCUUCUGGGGUUAGGUGUCAGCGGAUUCCUGCUGCAGUUCCUGCUCACAGCAGGUCUGGCAUAUGUACCACCGGUGCGGAAGACCAAGACAUCAGUAGACUGGAACCGGGACUAUGGCACGCGCGACGAGGAAGAAGAGCCGUCCGCGAAGCCAACAUCGUCCGGAUCACGGGCGACUUUCAUGUUGUACACGCAGAUGCUGUUUGCCGUGUUCUAUGAUCGGGCGAUCUGGGGUAGUACGUUGUCGGCGGUGAGCUGGAUGGGAUCAGUGCUGAUCCUGGUGAGCGCCAUGUAUGUGGCCAUGGCGCGAGAGGGCGCAAAGGGAACCUCAUCCGAGGAGAAGGAGGGCGGAGAUCAAGAGGGCACGGACGAGAACCGGGCUGGAGUGGCUGCAGAAGAGCGUCUGGAGGAAGGCGGGGGAAGGCAAGUGAGCGGGGGUCGCGCAUGA